CUCAUUUGAUGACAUGCGAAGCGGCUGCAGCUGCUUUCCUCAUCAAUCGACAGAAUGCGUUCCCCCUUCAAUGCAGCUAUAGGACUGGCGGUCCUCGCCAGCUCAGCACCCUGCGAUCCCACGGUGACGGUGCGCAAUGGGACCUAUGCCGGUGUCAGCCUGUCGGGCUUCCACCAGGACGCCUUCCUGGGCAUGCCCUACGCCCAGGAUACCGGCGGUGAGAACCGCUUCCGCGUGCCGCGAGCACUCAACACGAGCUGGAGUGGCGUCCGCACCGCUAAGAACUACAGCAAUGCUUGUCCCGAUCCCAGUCCCUCCGACGCUGUGUAUGGGAUGAGCGAGAACUGCCUUAGCAUUAAUGUUGUGAGGCCGACCAAGCAAGCUUCGGACAGGGCGUUGCUGCCGGUGGCAGUCUGGAUCCACGGCGGCAGCUACUACUACGGAACUACCGGGCUGCCUAACUACAACCUGUCUUAUAUCGUGCAGCGGUCCGUGGUAAUGGGCAAGCCCAUCCUGGCUACUAGCAUCAACUACCGCAAGGGCGGAUGGGGUAACAUGUACAGCAUUGAGGAGAACAUUGCGUCCUUUGGGGGCGACCUGAACCGCGUGACUAUCUGGGGCGAGUCGUCAGGGUCAUUCGCUGUCGGCCAGCUGCUGCUCAGCUACGGCGGCCGCACCGAUGGGCUGUUCCACGGCUCGAUCCAGGAAAGCGGCGGCGCCUCUACGGCCUAUCUGGCCUGCCUGCGUACUGUCCCCUACGAUGAACUAUAUCCGCUGAUUAAUCCCGAGCUGUACCUAGGGCCGGGUUGGUACCCGACCGUGGACGGCGAUAUCAUGCCCCAAUUUCCCACAACACUCUACGCCCAAGGCAAGUUCGCUCACCUGCCACACAUCUACGGCACCAACUCGGAUGAAGGUACCGACAAUGCGAUCAGUGGGAUCAACACUGACGCCGAGCUGCGCACGUACCUCGAAACGGGGGUGGGCUUUGGCUACCCGGCGUCUGUAGUCGACCGCAUUAUGCAGCUAUACCCAAACGAUCCGGCCCAGGGAAUCCCGUUCAACACAGGGCUCGAGACGUUUGAAGAUAUGGGCCGCGGUAAGCAGUUCAAGCGCGUGGCGGCCAUCGUGGGCGACAUCUUCUACCACGGGCCACGACUAGCCGAGGCGCGGAGCUACGCGCAGCACAACCCCAACGGCACCUUCGUGUACCGCUUUAACACCCGCGGAUAUCGCCCUGCCUCAACGUCCGCCAAUGGCACUGUGACGCCUGCGGGGCUCAACUUUGGCUACGAGGGCGUGGCGCACGCGACCGAGCUCGCGUUCGUGUUCAACAACCCCAAUGGCGUGGGGCCGUGGCCGGAAUAUCGGGCGCUAAGCGAUGACAUGAGCGGCAUGUGGAUCAACUUUGUGAAUUGCGGCGAUCCGAAUGGGGACGGCAUGCCCUUGUGGCCGCCGUAUGCGGACGGGUCCCACGGGAAGAACUUAGUAUUGCAGACAUAGAGCCAGGGCGGGUUUUAUGUCGAGGAUGAUACGUAUCGGCUGCAGGGGAGAGAAUACCUGAGUCUAUGGGCUAAGCGACGACAUGUCUAGGUAGGCUCGUUGAAAGAAGUCUCAAGGCCCUGGGGUCUGACACGAACGUAUCUAGAUGGUUGGUGAGAUCGAGCAGGUAUCAUCAAGCAUGCAGUAUGCUAGUAGUAUGCUCGCAUCAGAAUCGUCUAUUUCAAACCAGACAUUCUAUCAAAUCUCAGUGGUUCUAUUGUGAGACCGCCGGCCGCGGAAGUCUUUUCGCCCUCUAUAUGUGUU